GGUCAUCUGUGGCCAGGAUGACGGCCCCCCUGGCUCGGAGGACCCUGACCACGACGACCACGAGGGCCACCCCCGGCCCCGGAUGCCUCGGAAGCGGGGCCACAUCUCACCGAAGUCCCGCCCCGUGGCCAACCCCACGCUCCUAGGGCUGCUGGCUCCUCCUGGAGAAGCUUGGGGGGUCCUUGGGCAGCCCCCCAACCGCCCGAGCCACAGCCCUUCACCCUCGGCCAAGGUGAAGAAAAUCUUUGGCUGGGGCGACUUCUACUCUAACAUCAAGACGGUGGCCUUGAACCUGCUGGUCACGGGGAAGAUAGUGGACCACGGCAACGGGACCUUCAGCGUCCACUUCCGCCACAACGCCACGGGCCAGGGCAACAUCUCCAUCAGUCUCGUGCCCCCCAGCAAAGCUGUAGAGUUCCACCAGGAGCAGCAGAUCUUCAUCGAAGCCAAGGCCUCCAAGAUCUUCAACUGUCGCAUGGAGUGGGAGAAGGUGGAACGGGGCCGCAGGACCUCGCUCUGCACCCACGACCCGGCCAAGACCUGCUCCCGAGACCACGCCCAGAGCUCCGCCACCUGGAGCUGCUCCCAGCCCUUCAAGGUCGUGUGCGUCUACAUUGCCUUCUACAGCACGGACUACCGGCUGGUCCAGAAGGUGUGCCCAGAUUACAACUACCACAGCGAAACCCCCUACUAUCCCUCGGGGUGACCCUGGGUAGGGCCGGAGGACAGGCCUGCCCGUGCAGGAGGCCAUCUGUCUGGACGCUGGGCAGGGCAGGGCUGGGCCUUAGGCAGAGAGGGGGGUGGUAAAGAGGAGCUGCCAAUCAGGGCCGGGGUCCCCAGUGCUGGCCGCAGCCUGGGCUGUGUGCACCUGCUGCAUGGGAGCACUGGCGGAGGAGCGGGCAUCCUGUGCAGCCCCAUGGGGCGCCCCCAUGGAGCCCAAGGCAGAUGCUGGGGCCCUGAGAUCCCUGGGCAGGAAGUCCAGGGUGGCCCUGAUAGAGUCACAGCGAAGAGCCCAAACCCUGGCUCCCUCCCACCAUCCUGAGUGAGGACAGCGUCAGGGAGUGGACGCCAGGUGGUCCCCUGAGGGUUCAGGACUGAGACAGGGACUCACGGGAGCUCAGAUAGGAGUGAGGCAGGAGGGCCUCUUCAGCUCAGUCCAGUGGGCAGCCCUGAGCCCUUGACCUGCCCAUAGCACAGUGCGGGGCUGAAGUGGUGACCCUCGGGGUAUUUGAGGUCCUGACCCAUGGGCCACCCGUCAGCAGCAAGGUGACCCCUUUCUGGAGUCCCCCUCCUGCCAGCACUCCCCCUCCUCCCCACCCUCCUGUGAUGCACACCCAUCUAUAAGCUGAGGCCACUGGGAGACCACUGUGGCCACAAGUGGAGGUCUCCAGUGUGCCACGUGUCCCCCUUCCACUCUAUCCCUUACUGGCUCCUCUGGGAGCAUCCUUGUCACAGAGCGUGGUCCCUCAAUGGUCAGCCUCUCCCAGGCAGGGCUGUGGCCUCCCUCUGGGUGGUGGGCUGGCUGGGACCACCCUGUGGAAGGUCCCGGACCAGUCCCCUAGUGCGUGUCUGUGGGCGGGGGUGGGGUGGGGUGCGGGGGGGGGGGUCUGUGAAAUCACCCGAUUGUUGACUUCUGUGUGCAGAGUCUUGUUGUGGGAGCAGGGAAUAAAGGUUUCCCAGGGACGCUGGGGUCCAAGUCGUCCCGGGAGCAGAGGGCCCUGGGCGCGGCUCUCAGAUGGCGGCAGGGCUGUGACAGCACUGGACUGAAGGCUCCAGGGCGUCUCUCUCCAGCCCUCUUCCCAGGCCACCAGAGCCAGCACCAGGAAACCCGAGCAGCCUGUGGGUGGUGCCGGGGGUGGGGGGGUCUCUGUGGGGCAGCAGCGGGAGGAAGAGCUCGUGGUAGAACAGGUCAAAGACAGGCCGUGCACUGCCCGCGCUGAAUCCCAUCUGUCAGGGCCCGGGCGGGGGUCCUAGCUCUGCCAUUCCUUUUCUUUUCUUUUUUUUUUUUUUUUAAGACAUUUAAAACCUUUUUUAUUUUUCAGUUGUAUCUGAAAGGCAGAGAGAAUGAGAGAGAGAGAGAGAGAGAGUGCAAUCCUCCAUCCAUUGGUUCACUCCCCAAAUGCCUGCAACAGAAAACAGCCAGGAACCAAGAACUCCACCCAGGUCCCCCACGUGGGUGGCAGGGACCCAAGGACUUGAGCCCUCACCUGCUGCCUCCCAGGAUGCACAGUAGCAGGGAGCUGGACCAGAAGCGGAGGUCUCAGGCACUCUCAGAGGGACGUGGCCAUUCCAAGUGGCAGCUUAACUGCUGGGCCACGUGCCCAGCUCUCUGGUGUGGCUUUUCUGCGUGGCCGUGCCUACGUCCGCUCUGCUCUCUGGCUGUCCUACUGCAACACGAGGAGCUUGCCUGGUCCAGUGGUUCUCCCAUGGGAGUGGGCAUCAGGGUCACCCAGGCGGUUCAUCCAAACACAGACUGCUGCCUCCUGCUGGAGUUCCUAACUCAGCAGAUGGGGGCGAGGCCUUAGAAUAUGCAUUUCUCCCCAGGGCCAGGCAGAUGCUGACGGUUCAGGGACCACACCUUGGGCAUUGCUCGGAUGUCCACGGCCCACAGCACUUCCCGUGGCUGCUCCUGGGGACCUGUCCUUCCAGGGAAUCCGGGGACAUGGCUUUUCUUUUUCUUAAAAAAAAAAAAAAAAAAGAUUUAUUUAUUUAUUUGAAAGUCAGAGUUACACAGAGAGAGGAGAGGCAGAGAGAGAGAGAGAGAGAGAGAGAGAGAGGUCUUCCAUCUGCUGGUUCACUCCUCAAUUGGCUGCAAUGGCCAGAGCUGCGCCAAUCCAAAGCCAAGAGCCAGGAGCUUCUUCCAGGUCUCCCACAUGGGUGCAGGGGCUCAAGGACUUGGGCCAUCUUCUACUGCUUUCCCAGGCCACAACAGAGAGCUGGAUUGGAAAUGGAGCAGCCAGGUCUUGAACUGGCGCCCAUAUGGGAUGCCAGCACCGCAGGUAAUGGCUUUACCCGCUAUGCCAAAGCGCCAGCCCCACGUGGCUUUUCAAUUCAAGGAGCUGCUAUAGAAAGAGCAGGCUGGGAUGGAACGGGCAGAGGGGCCCAGGGCAGCCUUUCCAGCUGACCUGGUUGGGGAGGGCUGAAGCCCCCUAACCACGGUCACAGCCCCCUCUAGAGGCCAUUCUAGGCCUGCUUUCCCGGGAGGGCAGCACGCAGGUUGCUGCGCCUGGUAGCCCCAGUGAGGAGAGCCCAAGCACACAGGGAGGGGGUCUCGUCUCCCCAGCCUUUCUCGCUGCCCACCGGCCCUGGGUGCAGCCCAGCUCUGAACACACGGCAGGGAGAGCUGGGCAGGGCCUAAAUGCCACCUUGCAGUGACCAUGUCUGUACGAAGUGACCCAGACAGGGCACUGACUCCCAGAGAGCCCGUGCCCUGUGCAGCUCUUCUCCCCUGCAUUGUGCUUUCUGGGGCCCCCUCUCCUAAGUCCCGCCUUGAUGGCUUCACCCCACGCUCUCCCGCCCCACCUUGGGGCUGGGGGCUUGGCCUUGCCACGCGCGGCCAGGAUCUGGAGUGUUCUCUCACCUGCGGACGCACCCUGGCCACCAAGCAGGAGAGCCCCCACGGGGCCAAGUGGAGGGGGCCCCUGUGCGGCCCGGCCGGGGCGCGGUGACCCUCCCCUCCCCGCCUCUCCCUUCCUCUCCUCCUGCCAGGAGCCAGAUGCUGCCGACAGCUGGACGGCCCGGCCUGCCUGGCACGCAGUUCUGCCUGCACAGGGGGUGGGUUCAUUUUAAUAACUUCAUUUCACCCUCACGCACACUCUGCCGCCUCGCCCCUCCUGCUCUGCCGUCCCCAGUAACCAGGCUGCUCUUCUCAGCGUGGAUUUUGCUAACGAAUCUUAAUUCUUUGGAAUAGUCCUCUGGCCCCGACUCCUUGAGCCAGCUACUUCCUGGGCCACUCAGUCCUCACAGAGCAAAAGGGGCCACCCCGUUCCCCUGGCCCCUGGGUGAGCCGUGUCUGUGGCGUCCCCGUGGAGACGUGGCCAUAGUACUCCUGCCUCCCACUCCUGCUGCCGCACUCACCGGCCGGCAGAAUGCUCUCAAACCAGGCCUUUGCCCUCCCCACCGCCACCCUUCACACCGUCUGGGAUCUCAGUGCCUAGCUGUCGGCUGCCCCAGGAGAGGCCCUGCCCCCUCCCGUCAGAAUGGAGCCUCUGGGACAAGCCCUGCCAGAGCCGGGGCUCUUUGAGGAUGCGGCUUAUGGUGCCUCCGGCCAGGGCUUCUGCCUCCUUCAUCAGACUGGGGACUCCCUCCUCAGACUGGAGUCUCCUCCGGGGCUGCCUCUGCCUUCAGCUUUGUGCAGAGGCACUGGCUGGGCCUCGGUGUUCCCGUCUCUAAUGGGGUGAAGGCUGGGAGCGAGUCAGAGGGAACACACAUCGGAGCUGAGCCUUUCUCUGGUUGGAGCUGAAGGCAGCAGCAAAUGGAGCCCCGGGCGCCUCCGCCCUCCCCCCUUUCUCCUUCUCUGGGAUGAGCAAGCGGGAACUGAGUCACCCCGGCCCCCAUCCUCGCAGGAAUGCUGGUGACCUUGCAUGUGAGGCCCAUUGCUCAGAGACGCAUGAGGGUGGUGGGUGGGGAGGGAGGCUGGGGGAUGGGUAUUUCCGGGAGGGGGGUGGCCAGGGCUCUGGAUCACCAAGUGGGUCUGUGUAGGGGUUGUGGGGGGUGCAAGGAGCCCAUUGCUCAGAGCUGGGAUGUGAUCUGGUGUCACUGCUGGGGGUGGGAGAGAGAAAUGUUACUUCCAAAGACGGGUUCCUGCCAAUGUGCCAGGAGAAUUGGGGGCUGGGAGGCACCAUCAACCCCCCCAGGCAGAGGCAAGAUGGGGGUGGAAGCGGCACCUGCCACUUUCGCCAGAGUCCUGGAAUGGCAGCUGACACCAUCACCAAGGCGCGGAUGCCGGAGCAGACCUGGCCCUCACCAGCCGGAAGCUGGAUUCUGGCUCCACAGGGGACCCUGUUUCCUGUUGGCCUGCCUACCUGGGUCAAUGCCCCCGUUCAUGUCAGGGCCACCUGGCCAGCUGGUCCCAAGGAACAAGCCCGAGCUGCAGCAGCUGCCCGUGACCCAGCAACAUGGUGCUGCAGGAGGCUCCCUGUGGGUCUCCAGCCUGGGUCUCUAAUUUCUUAGUGGGUGGGCCUCCCCUCACCCUAACCCCCCCAGUCUCCUUCUACGAAACACCACGGUGCCGCCUACCUAUGGCAUUGUGGGGAAAGCUGAGUGAAUUGCGCAACACAUGUGACCCCCCUCCUCUCUUUGCUUUUGGAGAUGGCUUCUGCUAACUUCAGCCUUGCUCCUGACGUAGACAAGUGGCAGGGCCCAGGGUUCAAGGUAGGAGACCUGGGUUCCUGCGCUGGUUCUGCCCAGCAAUGCAUGCAGGAGCCACCAGAGGUUCUAUGCUGUCCAUUUCCCCUUCUCCACAGGAGUGGGCCCGUCAGCUGGACCCAAGGCUGUGUGAGCUAAAUGCUACCCCUCCCCACCUCCCCUUGCCCCCCGAGUGCCCCACAUCUGGCCAGUGACCUGGAAGCCAGAGGGUUAUAUGGCAAAUUCCGGAAACCUGCAGACAGUGGAUGAGUGCCCUCUGCCCCUUCUUUGUCCCCCCGCCCCCAUCCUGUCCGGCACAUGCACAUGACCGUGAGCCCUGGCCACCAUCUUGGACUGUGGAGCCAAGAGCCACAGCCUUGAAGGGGCGGAGCAGUGAGCGACAGCGACGCCAAGCCUAGGUUCCCGGAUGGUUUUGCAGCCAGCCCUCGGCUACCCAUGCAAAUUUGAUGCAAGAGGAAAGUCUCAUUCCCCUUUCAUUUAAGCUCCACUUAUUAGGUCUCCACUUCUUGCAGUUGGGUUUGAGCCCCUGGGCUUCCGUGGGUCUGCUUCCUCUCGGGUGGAGCUGAGAGAUUUCUGUGGACUCGUAGGCAGGAAUAGACUUGGGGAAGCUCGGGUCCUCCUCCUCCUCCUCUCCCGCAUCUUGAUGCACAGCCUCUGUUUUGGGGGGCAGGACGAGCUGCUGCUGCAUUGCAGGGAGCCCCCGAGAGGCGCAGUAGGAUUCUCUGUCCCUGUCUGAAGGGCCUCCAGUCCCCAAAUUCAGCUCCCGCCCGUCUGAGUCCCCAUACACGCUCUGAUGUUGGUGACACACAGUCCUCGUUAAGGGCCUCACUGAUCCCAGCCAGAUGGGAUCCUAAUUUAAUUAAAACCCUUUAAUUACCUGCAACAACACAGCAUGAGGAGUCCAACGUGGGAGGGGGCCGUGAUGGGCAGGGCCACCGCCGACAGGACAUAGUCAUGGUUGCCAUUUCAGCCCAUGGGGAGCCCAGGGUCCCCAGGCCUCUCCCGCCCUGGUGGGCACAGACUGCAGGGAACAGCCAGGUUUCUGGUUUGGUCCACGGGGCACAGCUGAGCAGGGCAGUGGAGCAAACCAGGCCCUGGGGAGCAGAGGACCUGAAGCUGUCAGUGUUGGCUUGGUGCUUGCGUUAAAUCUGGCACGGCCUGUUCAAGGUCAAGGUCUGAUCCCUCUCCGGAACUUGGCCCUGUCUGGGACACUGGGGGAGGAGCAGGUCUGGCUCUGAUUUCUCCCGAGUGGCCUGGCUUAGGAGACAGGGGUACUUCUGCAUCCUCCAAAGGCAAGCUGGGCCCCCAGUCCUGCCUGGCACCCACCCAAGGUGUCACCAACCAGGGAGGGGCCAUAAGAGAGGGUGACUUAGGUGAGCCCAGAGGGGCCAUGUGAUUUCUUGGGGACUCAUCAGGACCCCUCCAUGGCCCUGGACCUCAGCUGACUCCUCUUUGAUGGCAGAAGGAGCCCAGGCCAGGCCGGAGCCUGCCAAGCCCAGGCAAGGACAGGCUGAGAAACCCGGACUUGUGAGCUGAGCUAUUUUUAGGCUGUGUGGACAUCAUACGUUAAUACCCCUUCUGUUCACCCUCGGUACUUAUUCAUUCAAUAAAUAUUGUUUAAUAAAAGCCUUGGAAAGU